AUGGCCAGCAAAGAGGAGACGGCCUCCAAGCCGAAGAAGUAUAACACUGAGCUCACGGACUACUCGACUGUUCACACCGACAAGACUGGGCCAUAUGCGGACAAUCUCGAGGUCGAUGCUUUGGUCGUCGGUGCUGGUUUUGCCGGUGUUUUCAUGCUCAAGACCCUUCGCGAUCGCGGUCUGAAGACGGUCAUUUUCGAGGCCGGCAACGACAUGGGUGGCACCUGGCGAUGGAAUUGCUACCCCGGCGCCGGUGUCGACUCUGAAGUCCCCGAGUACGAGUUCUCUUGGCCCGAGGUCUACAACACGUGGAAUUGGCCCAACAACUACCCCAACUACCAAAACCUGCGUGAUUACUUCGAUCACGUGGAUAAAGUAGUUGGUAUCAAGAAGGACUGCUCUUUCAACACCGUCGUGAUUGGAGCUCAGUUCGAUACAAAGGAGGGCAAAUGGAAUAUCAAGACUGCCGAUGGUCGCACGACCAAGGCCAAGUAUCUCGUCCUUGGAACCGGCUUUGCCGCCAAGCGUUACAUUCCCCCGUGGCCUGGCAUGGAUAAAUUCAAGGGUAUCGUGCACCAUUCUUCCUUCUGGCCCGAGGAGAAAAUCGAGGUGAAGAACAAGCGCGCUGCUGUCAUCGGCACCGGUGCCUCGGGAGUGCAAAUCACGCAGGCUUGGGGCCCUGAGGCCGGCGACCUCAAAGUCUUUCAACGCACCCCUAACCUCGCCGUCCCCAUGCGCAAGCGAGACCUCACUGUUGAGGAGCAGGAACGCCUCAAGCCAAACUAUCCAGAGCUGUUCCGGUACCGCGAGACCAGCUUUGCGGGCUUCCUGUAUGAUUGGUACGAGCGCAACACCUUCGAUGACACACCCGAGGAGCGCGAGGCCUUCUUCGAGAGCGUCUGGAAGGAAGGUGGCUUCCGCUUUUGGGUUGGUGUGUACAAGGAUAACUUGUUCAAUGCCGAGGCCAACAAGGAGUCGUACAAUUUCUGGGUGAAGAAGACCCGUGAUCGUAUCGGUGACCCCGUUGCGAGGGAUUUGCUUGCGCCACUGAAGAUGCCGCAUUACUUCGGUAUCAAGCGGCCGUGUCUUGAAAGAGACUACUACGAGCAGUUCAAUCGGGAGUCGGUGCACCUGGUUAACAUCGGAAAUAACCCGAUCAAGGAGUUUACCGAGACGGGCAUCACCCUUGAGGACGGAACUCACCAUGAACUUGAUGUCGUUGCUGUCGCGACUGGAUUUGAUGUUGUUACCGGUGUCAUGACCCAGCUCGGCCUGAAGAGCAUCAAUGGUGCCGAGCUCGAGAAGGAAUGGAUUCCAGGCGCGAAGACCUACCUCGGUACUACUGUCAGCGGCUACCCCAAUAUGUUCCACAUCUAUGGCGCACAUGGUCCGACGCUUCUGAGCAAUGGCCCCACGUCGGUCGCGGUGCAGGGCCGGUGGAUUUCCGACGCCAUUGCCAAGAUCGAGGGCAACGGUGUCAAGUAUAUCAAUCCCAAGAUUGAGGCUGCGGAUAAGUGGAAGACUCAUGUUGUGGAGCUCAAUGACAGGACUCUCUUCCCCACAACACAGUCGACAUACAUGGGUGGUAGCAUCCCUGGCAAGGUUUCUGAGCCAGUGUGCUACUCUGCUGGUAUCCCCGCUUAUGUCAGGGAGAUUCGGGCAGCCCUAGAUAACUGGGAAGAGGGAUUCGAUAUCGUCAAAGCCUGA